AUGAAUAUGUUUACAAAACCCUUCAUCAAGCUUGCUUUUCCACCAGUAAUUAACAUCAGAGAUUUAAUGACAAAACACCCUGAUAGUCGGGCCUCCGCUCGUGGUCCAAAUGCUUUUAUCAUCUACCGGAAAAUUUUUGUCGAGACAGCGAGAGCAGAUGGAUAUCAACUUCCGAUGACCGUCGUCUCUUCAAUGGCUUCUCAAUCAUGGGAGCAAGAAAGCGAAUUUGUUAAAGCCGAAUACAAAAGGCUUGCCAAAGAAGCAAACGAUAUUCGUAAUGAAUCUUCACCUAAAUCACCGCGUCGUCCAAAGAGAGAACGAUGGAACAUUGUUUCUUUUCAGAAACCUUCCCCAGUCAAAACAAAAUCUACUCUUAGAAGGCCUUCUUCAGAGAGCGUAGAACUCUCAAAAGAAUCUUUAGUGGUCGAACAUAUAACACCUCAAAAAGUGACAUCUUCUACACAAACAACUUGUGAAAACAAUGCCAGCACAGAAUUCAAAACCAAUAAUACCGAUCAUGAAAUACCUACUAUAGAUCAACUUUAUGAUUUGUUUGUUGAAAACGAUGGCGAUUCGGUCGGUUGUGAAUUACCAUCCCCAAAUUUUUCUAUUUCUGAUACAUCAAGCUCCUCCCCCAUAAGCGAACAAGUUGAGCUCAAUUCCGUAGAUGAGUCUUUAAAUAACCUGGUGAUACCUCAUGAUGCGCAAAAAUUAGAAGAAUUGCAGUUCCACAUGCAUUCAAACGAUAGCUUAACAAGAAUGGGAGAAUACGACUCAACAAGUGUUUAUUUGAACAUUGACCUGUCAUAUGAAUCAACGUGGAGAAAGAUGUUUAAUGAUUCAUCAAUAACUGGAGAAGACAUCACAUCGGACGACUCGUUCUUCAGUACGUUGGCAGGCACGAGAGAAUUUGAAUACCAAGGUUACAUGUCGCCGCUCUCAUCUCCGGAGACCGGAAAUUCGAACUGUUCUGAUUCAGAAGAAUCAACAAUCUCUACCGACUUAAGAAGCAUGACACAAUUUUCAAAUGUUCUAGGAAUUUCAUAUCCUUCUCCUGAAACAAACUAUAAUAAUUCUUUUUAUUUUUAG